GAUGCAAGUGGAUCCUCUGAAAAGGCAGCCACAGAUCCCAGUGGUGAAAAUAAGAAACUCAACAAAUCCCAGCAGCUGAAACGAGUGUUUAAAGAAUACGGUGCUGUAGGGGUUUCAUUCCAUGUUGGAAUUUCAUUAGUAUCUCUAGGUAUCUUCUACCUGGCUGUGUCAAGUGGAGUGGAUAUGACUGCAGUUCUCUUCAAACUUGGUUUCAGUGACUCAUCGUUGCAAUCUAAAAUGGCAGCUGGCACAAGCACCUUUGUGCUGGCAUAUGCCAUUCACAAGUUGUUCGCUCCAGUAAGAAUCAGCAUUACCAUAGUUUCUGUGCCGUUUAUUGUCCAGUACUGCCGGAAGAUUGGCUUCUUCAAACCUCCUACCCCAAAUCCAUGA